AUGAGAUCUGGUGGUGAGCCAGACGACUUUAUCGUUAGCUCUGAGCUGCCAGAGAUCGCCUCGCCAAGCUCGCUGGAAGUGGACUUAGGCAUUCUGGAAGACGUGGCACUCCUCGAAUCUCCUGACAGAGUGAGCCCGCGCACGGGGCACCCGAUACCGCGGCUGAAGCGCUACUACAUGGUGGCCAUCUUCACACUCACAGCCUCGCUGCUGUACGCGGAUCAGAACCUGAUGGCGCCCAACCUGUCCGCCAUCGCUGAAGAGUUCGGCUUCAAUGAGGAGGAGAAAGUCAGGUAUCUGGGCGGCUAUGUGGCGGCGGCCUUUUUCGCGGUGGGCGCGCCGGCGGCGUUGCUGAUAGGAUACCUGUGCGACAAGUUCAACCGCCGCAACCUGCUCUUCAUAGUCGUGCUGCUCGGUGAGGGCCCCUGCCUUGCGACGUUCUUUGUGAAGCGCUACUGGCAGCUGCUGCUGCUGCGGAUCAUGACGGGGAUUAGCGUGGGUGGCACAUUCCCCCUGGUUUUCUCCCUCGUGGGGGAUUUAUUCUACGUGACUCAACGCGCCAACGUGGCAGCCGGCGUCCAGGUGGCGACGGGGGUCGGCUUUGCCGCCGGGCAGGCCAUAGCCGGCUUUGUGGGGCCGCACGCGGGGUGGAGGUGGCCGUUUGUGAUAGUGGCACUGCCGGCAAUUGCUGCAGCGUUCCUCAUGCUGCUGACCACUAGCGAGCCGGAGCGGGGGGCGACAGAGGAUGCACUGAAGGAUCUGUACGCGGUGGAGGGAUUUGUGUACGACGAGAAGAUCGACAUGAAGAAGCUGGGGUUGCUAGCGCAGAGCCGCAGCACGCUGGGCGCUGUCAUGCAGGGGAUGCCCGGUUCGCUGCCCUGGGGAGUGCUGCUGACGUUCCUGAACGACUUCCUGAGCCAGAAAAAGGGCAUGAGCAUUGCAGACGCCACCUGGGUGAUGACAAUAUGGGGUCUGGGAGGGGGAGUUGGGGUGAUUGGAGGGGGCGCGAUAGGCCAGUGGCUGCACAACAGGCGGCGAGCUUACAUGCCGCUGUUUGUUGGCGCCUGCGUGGCUGCAGCCGCGUUCCCUAUCUGGUUUCUGAUAAACGCUGACGUGGGAAACCUGCCGCUGCCGGUCAGUUUCGCGGCCGGCUUCCUCGGCGGCGCGCUCGCGAGCCCCCCGGGGCCCAAUGCCAGGGCGAUCCUGCUGAAUGUGAACGAGCCGGAGACGCGCGGAGUGGCGCUGGCAAUGCAGACAGUUUUAGACGAUCUGGGCAAGGGGCUCGGGCCGCUGCUGGUUUCCCUCAUGGUCUCCGCCUGGGGCGCGCAGGCGGCGUUCAAUGUGGCCAUAGCAGGUUGGAUUCCCUGCGGCGUCAUCUUUGCCUGCAUCGCCCUGUCUCUCGGCAAGGAAGAGGACGCACUGCAGGUGAGGCUACGGAAUAAGGUGUCGCUGACUACGGUGCGGAUCUUGGACCGGGAGGAUGCGCUGACGCCGUCCCGCCUGGAUAGGCGUGAGACCGGGGGGCCCCAGACCCCCCGCCACACCCCCCGGCCCCCGUCUAGGGGGGAGUACCAGCUCGCGGCGCUCAACGGCCGAAUAAACUGA